CCUUGACUGGCUUCCUCCCUCUUUCCCAAGGCCAGAGGUGUCCUCUCUUCCCCUCACCUUCCUCCCUCUUCCCAAAAAAACGUUUAGGAAAAUGGGGGUGGAGACCAUCAGCCUGGAACUUCAAGUCCAACUGCAAAGUCCCUGACCCUCCCCCGAGGCUGGCGCCAGCAUUAUUCUAGGAGCGAUUAAACUAUUUUGCUACCCCCUGUGCCCCUCCCAGUUCGGGGGGCAGUUUUAGGGGAGGAGAGGGGGUAAUGGUGGAAUUCUUUCCUUCACUCUCCCUACCACUUCCUCCCCUCCCCCUCAUCCCCUCUACACAGAACUAACUGGCAGGGAGAGAGGAAGAAAGGCUGGCAUUGGUUCCCCAUUGGAUGUUUUAAAUCUGUCUCAGGCCCAGGCCAGGGCCUGUGGGGGAGGGGCGGGGUGUCCUGCUCUUGGGCGAGAGGCCCAGGGCUGCUCCUGAGCUUUCUCCCCUCUUUCCUGGAGAGCGACUGUUCGGGAGGGUGAGAAUGGUAUAAAUUUCAAAAACAACGAAAUCUUCUUUUGCCCUCUCCGCAGCAGUCGCCUCCGGGCUUUAUUGCAAGUUUACGGUAACGAGUUCAUUUAUUUAAUUCGCGGUUGUAGCUCGGGGAUUUCUAUUAGACAGGACGGGGUGGGGCUGGGGGGCACAGGGUCUCCCCUGAAGGAAAUCUAAUUAGAGUGCAGCACUUAGAACCUUGAAUACAAGUUUAAUGAAGGGGAGGAGGGGAGCUGCAGGGAAGAGAAGUUUGCUCUAAGCUGGGGAAGGAAAGCUGGAGCUGCUCCCGAGAACUGGGGGGUCUGGAUGAGGCUUUUUCCUGCUUCGGGGGCUUUCUACCUUCCGGCCCCGGAACUACUACUUGGAGUACGGAUCGCGUGCAGGGAAGGCGGGGUGGAUUCUCGGCUGGCGGCUGCCUCGCAGGGUCCCCGAAGCUCUCGCCAGCCAGAGUAAAACCCAAAAGAUGGAGCCUCAGGUUCGCACUCUGCGUUGCGGGUGCCGGAACCGAGAUUCCAAAAGAGCUUCCGGAGGUGGUUUCUACGCAUUGCGCCACUACUCCCUUACUCGGCUCUGGAGGCCUAAUAACAUCCACCUGCUUUGGAGUUAGAAAUUAUUUCGGGUCUAGAGUCCGCGUAGACGCGACCCUCCGAUCCCGUUUGGUAGCUUGCUGAAAGACUCGCUGCGGGGGGCGGCGUUUGGCUCUGAGGGAGGGGAAAGGUCUGGAGGGCAGCUCAGAGUACAAUUGUGCCUUGUUGGUGAAAAGGCACCCUGCUUAUUUUCCGGAGUAUAUGUGUGUGCCUCUGCGUUUAUGCGUCUGUGAGAUCGUUGUCUGGAUUCACCUAUUGUGACAUUGUGUUCACGUGUUUGUCCGAAUGGUAAGCAAAACAUUUCCUCCUGUAGCUUAACAUAGCCCUUAUUUAAGAGUAAAUAGCUGCAGGCGAGUGUAGGUUUGUAGAUUUUGUUGUGAUUUAAACACAAAUAAGUGAGAGAUUUCAAUGUGGUCGGCCGGGGAUAGGUGGGAGACUAAAAUUGUUUGGGAAGGGAUUUCCAGUAAAAGGGUUUAAUACAAAACGAAAUUAAGUAUCCUUUGCACAGAUUCCAUACAAGUAAAUCCGAAAAAAAAGUAGGGGGUCCACCGCGAAUUGUUAUGGCGAGGAAGAUAAAUAUAUUACUAACGAAGACAUGGAAAGGCGGAUGGCGCUGCGGCCUGGCUCCCGGAGCCCGACCGCCUUCUUCCAUUCGAGAUCGCUCGUACCGAACCUCCUUGCCUUCUUCCUGGGUCUCUCAGGGGCUGGACCAAUACAUCUGCCGAUGCCCUGGCCGAAUGGCAGGCGACAUCGCGUCCUGGAGCCGCCACGCAGCCCAGUAAGUACCCAGGAGGCCCCAGGCUGCGGGAAGCCGGUAGCUCCGCGGGAGAUGAAAGACUGCCCGCAAGUUCUCCUGGAGUGGUGAGCCUCUGCCGGGAGGGGGCGCCCUUGUCUUUUUAAUGGUACUAACACACUAGUGGAAUAAAUCUCUAAGAUUCCA